AUGACAGAAUCAAAGAUGCAAUUAGAAGAUUGGCUGGAUGACCUGUGUGUUCGGUUCAUCAUUAAUCUGCCACGCGAGGAGCUGGAGUCUGUCGAGCGUAUUUGUUUCCAAGUGGAGGAGGCACAAUGGUUCUACGAGGACUUUAUCCGGCCGCUUGAUCCAGCUUUGCCGUCGCUAAAUCUGAAGACGUUCGCGAUGCGCAUUUUCCAGCAUUGCCCGCUCAUGUCACAAUGGUCUCAUUAUCACCACAUGGCUGCCUUCUCGGAGUUUCUCCAUUACAAAACCCGCGUACCGGUUCGGGGUGCGAUCAUGUUAAAUGAAGAUAUGGAUGAGGUCGUUCUGGUCAAAGGCUGGAAGAAGGGCGCCAAUUGGAGUUUCCCCCGCGGUAAAAUCAACAAAGGCGAGAAGGACCUGGAUUGUGCCAUUCGUGAAGUUUACGAAGAGACUGGAUUUGAUGUUCGCGAGGCCAAUCUGGUCAAGGACGAAGAUGAUGUCAAGUUCAUCGAGAUCACAAUGCGAGAACAGCACAUGCGACUCUACGUUUUCCGAGGCGCGCCCCGUGACACCCACUUCGAGCCCCGUACCCGAAAGGAAAUCAGUAAGAUUGAAUGGUACAAGCUUUCGGAGCUGCCGACGUUGAAGAAGAGCAAAAACCACGAUGAAGGAUUCGCAGUCGCGAAUGCAAACAAGUUCUACAUGGUCGCGCCUUUCCUACACCCGCUCAAGAAAUGGAUUGCUCAACAGAAGAAGAUUGGCGCUAAAUCCCAGGCGGGCACAAAGCAGAACGCAAUGGCUGAGGGCUAUACUUCCCUGGACGAAAAUGGUCUCGCUAAUGGAACCCCAGGGGUUUCUCUUGCGGAAAUGGCUAUCUCCAAUGAUCUUCCGGAAGUUGCUUCUGCGCAAGAUGCCUCGUUCCACCUGAAACGUCUGUUGAAAAUCGGUGCAGCACCGGCGCAAGUUCAGAUUGCAGGUCUUGAGCCGGCCCAAGCCUCCGCUGUCGACCCAUCUAAAUCAAACGCGCUACUUGCUUUGUUGAAAGGUGGUUCUCCAGCGGAGUUCUCGCAGGUCCCUCACAAGGAUGUCAUGCCACCUAAUGGAGCCAAUCCAACUCUUGAAUCUGCAGAUCAGCGGCCUCACAUGGGCCCAAAUUUCUUCCCUGGGUUCCCCCUGCAGCAGCAUAAUAUGGGACCCUCUCCUUUCAUGCAGCAACCGCCUGCACCCUUCCACACCCACCCAUCUCAACAUCAUCACCAACCUCAUCCUUCUCAGGGCAAUGUGUUCCCUGUAAUGCCGCGACCAGCAUAUCAUGCCCCUCCUCCCGUUACCCACUUUCCACCGGCUUCUGUGCCGGAGUAUCAGCACCAAGGACAACAGCUACCAACUCGGGAUUACCCUCUGCAGAGCCAUAUGCCUGCACCGUUCCAGCAAACUGGAGACCCUCAAUUCUCCGAGUCUGCACAACCAUCUCGGAGCCAAGGUCCAGCGGUUCCUCCAGCUAGCAAAUUGCCUCCACCUAAGCUCACAACUCAUUCGCUAGCGCUUUUGAACGUCUUUAAGGAUGAGGCUUCCAAGACCCCUAAAGGAUCGGGAGCAGCAACACUAGCUGCACCUACACAGCCCUCUUCUCACGUGCGCAAGACGUCGCAACACCAGGAUAGUCUGUUGAAUCUGCUCAAAGGUCCUCGACCUGUUUCUGCCGCUGGGCCAGCCGAGUUAUUAGGCAAUCCUGUUGUACCUUCUCCGGGCCCCUCAGACAAGCAGGUUCCCCAACGUCCACGGUAUCAGAAUUAUCAACCCGCCAACCCCGCGAUUGGUCAGACUAGGGGUCAACCAGCGGCUGGGCAAACAUCUGCAACCGUUUCUGGACCUUUGAACAUGUCGCAACUUGACACUCUUGCCAAAUCGACAAAUAAGAAGAUGAAUAAUGGACCAAAUCGCAAGAGCCAUGCAAACCGACGAGAGCAACCUCAGCCGCAGCAGCUUUCUUCCCCUAUUACCAUUCUCUCCCGACCUCAGUCUGCUAAACGGGAGGCACCUUCCUCAGGACCUGUUGCACAACCACAGGUUUCGCGUCCACCCAAGGAAACUUUUAUUGCGGCCCCCGAGCCUAUCAAAACUUUCCAGCCACAGAUUUUACGUCGCUCCGACAAGACGGGCUACGAAGGUUUGAUGGCAGCAGCUCCUCAGCCUCCUGUUGAGCGCAAACCUAGCUUGGCAGAGGUCCAACCUAACGCACAAGGCUUGGCACCGCAGGGCAACUUUGACCGACGCCCAAGCCAGACAGUCGAGCAGAAGGAAACCCUAUUGUCUCUAUUCAGCAAGGCACCUACUUCUCCGUCUCCUGUUUCUCUGGCGCAGCUUGAAUCCCGGGUUGUGAGCGGACACCAACCUGCAUUCUCAGGCGUAGUGAGCCCGAUGUCAUCUCGCCAUCGCCCUAGUAGCGGGGAUUCCAUUUCUCGGCGUGGCACACCUUCUGAUACUGGUGUGCAUGCUAACACAAACCGCGUUUCAUCUCCCAAAAAUAAGGCCUUUUUGCUUGGGUUCUUGGAGGGAGUGGCCAAGGGAAACAAAUAA